AUGUUUAUAAACCAAACGAGUAUCGAGGAGAUCAAACGGCAUGUGUAUUACGUGAUCGCCCUCGCCUGCCUGGUGACAUUGGCCUACGCCAAUGAAAAUGCUAAUGUGUUAAAGAGAGAACAGGAGGUCAACGUUAACGACUUCAAGUAUGCCUACGAGUUGGACAAUUCAGUGAAAGUCGAGCAACAAGGUGCCCUGAAAGGAGAAGAUAUAUGGCAAGGGGGCAACCAGGCAUGGACGUCUCCUGAGGGAGAACAAAUUCAUCUUCAAUACGUGGCUGACGAAAACGGCUACCAAGUUAUUUCUGCUAGCCCCGCUCUGCCAACCCCACCGCCAAUCCCAGAGGCAAUCCAAAGGGCAAUUGAAUGGAUCGCAGCUCAUCCAAAAAGUGAUGAAUAAAACUAAGCUACAUUUUGUUAAAAAUAAAAGCAUAAAAAUGUAAAAAAUUCAUAUAUGUAGUAAUUUCUUAAGCCAAGCAGGAGCAG